AUGGUGGACCAUGAACUUAAGCUAAGAGUACCAUACAAUGCCACAUAUUUGACGACAGAGCCAAGCGGUUCUGGCUUCUCGAACUGGAUGCAGACUAAUAUAGCAGCGGCAGUCGCAGAUACCGGUAGCGUGGAUGAAAUUCAUCGAGGAGCAAUGGAAGAUGAAGCGCAGCGGUCGUUUGACGUCAGUGCUGUGAACUUUCCAACGGAUCUGGAGAACGUGGCAGUGCCCAAUAAGCCAUUUUUAACGCCCUCAAGCAUGGCUAAUGUUAUCCAGAAUGAUGAGUUACAUCAUCUUUCUAGGAAGGAACCAACAUUCGACAAAUUUUAG